GAAUAAGUAGUCAGUUACUUUUAGUUCAUCUUGACACAUUACAGUUCUGUCGAACCCUUCCAUUUCCAUUUUGGAUUUCCAUUUUCGGUGAAGCAAAUCAGCAGGACAAAAUGUCUUCGACUGGAGAAUUUCUACAUCUGAAGAUACAAUAUGAAUCAAAAGAAGAGGAACUAGAGCAUGAAGGUUUCGAUUGCUGCCGUUGGUUGUACAAAAAGCAUAUGCCCAAUAAUGAUGACUGUGGUCAACCAAAAGUGAACCCUAAGAGUUUUGUGUCCUGGGUUUAUAACUUGCAGGAGUUUCCACCGGAUAAUAUUAUUAUUCAGCUGAAAGACAAAUUCAUAUAUCUAAACGCCUUCAAACAUGACCCACGCGAUCGCCAGGAUCUCAUUAAGCGAAUAUUAAUGCCGGACAAAGUGGACCAGUCUAAGGUUACUUGCAAAAUGAGUUCUAAAGGAAUCCUCACUAUCACGGCACUUUUUGACUAGGGGAACUUGGUAUUAAUUUCAAAUUUAUUUAAUUUAUAUUUAUAAAAAUUGUUUGCUACGAUAUGUAAAAAUUGUUUGAACUUAUAUGUAUAAUGCAUAUUUUAAAAACUGUCACAAAAAUGACUUCCAAAUAAAUGUUACGUUGAAACAUAAA